AUGUCUGAUGCGUCCGUUAAUGACGUCGCACGUGUGGAAUCGGCGGGCGCCAAUCGCCUGCAGGAAAUAGCACAGUUCGAUGAAGUGCGACAAGAUAAUCUUAAUUUUGAGUACUAUGAGCGCCAGUUCCAGGAGGUGCUUAUGAGCCUUGAGAACGACGAGGUGCUCGCCGCUUUCCGAACUGAAUACGCGUCCCUCUACCACUCUUUCCUGAAGAGUCACGAUGGUGAGUCACGCCUGUUGAAGAAGUGCAUCGAGCUGCAAGCGGACAUCGACACCUGCUCAUCUAAGCUGGUUACCGCGGAUGAGCUUUCCCGUGGCGACAAGAACACCAUCGAUACCCUUCGAAUUGAGAUUGAGAAGACGCGGAAGAAAAUUGAUGUCACAAAGGAGCGUGAGGCGGCUCUGAAGGACAAAGUAGCUGCCCUUCGGCGGGAACUGCGGGACUUGGAGGAAAAGUCGCAUUUGCAGGUCGAGUUGACGUCACAGAAGGCAGCAAUGCAGAGCCUGCAGCGCACGCUUGAAACUGUGACGAAAGAGCGUGAAUUGCAAGCGCUUCAGUUGAGUUCUCUGAGGCAGGAUUACUCUUUGUUAGAGAAGAGAAUGGAGCGCCUGCGAGAAGUUAAGGAUUCAGGGGAUAUGGAGCUUCAGAAGAUGCGGAGUGCAAUUGAUGAGAAACAAGAGGAGGCUGAUGUCCAUAAGGCGCUCAGGCUACGCAAGGAGGAGGAACUUCGUGAGUUGCGACAGGACAUUACCCAACGUGCAGCUUCAGUUCAGGAGCGCCAGACUGCGAUUGAAAAAUUGACGGAGGAAAGCAGUCAGCAUAAUGUAGACACAAAGAGAACUUUAGAUGAAAUAAACCGACUCUCCCAGGUUUACCAGCAGCUCUCGCAACAGUUGCAACAUGUUAACCAAACGAGUCAGGUAUGUAAUGAAGAGAAUGACACCCUCCAGCGGCGUGUGAAUGACUUGUUGGAGGCACUCAAGGCGGCGGAAGUUGAACUUAAAUCUGUUAACCGCGUUCACAAGCGGGAGCUGAAGGUUCUGGAGGCUGCUCGACGCCGCAACGCCGUUGCGACAAACCGCAGAGCGGAAGCGGAGGCCAACCUCUCGGCCCUUCAAAUGGAGCUUCGUAUGAGGGAAGAUCAACUUGCGGCGGCGCUGGUUGCGAUCGAGGCGGAGGAAAAGCACAUUGCUCUCUUAUUGAACCAGCGCAACUCGCUGCACAGGGAUAUACUUAAUACUGUGUCAAGGAAGCAGCAGCAGAUCAUAUUCCUAGACGAGAGACGGUCAACCCUCCACCAUCUGGAGUAUGAAUUACAUGCCUUUGUUGAGCAUGCACAGCAGCAAAAUGAAAAAAUAUUUAAACUCUCACGCGAGUGCGAUUCUUAUGAAAAUGUUAUCCAAACAGAUGCUGUGCACUGCGCAAACAUUAUGUGUGAGGUGCAGUUGAGAGAGUCCCAGCUGGAGGAGUUGAAUCAAAACUUGAAGGAUGUAGAUGUAAGGCUCCAGCAGCAGCAGGGCCUCCUGGAGGCCAUGGUACGGGAACGCAGUGUCUAUAGCAAGCAUUACAUUCAGUUAUGUUCGAGUGUGGCUGAAAUUUCACAGGGAUUUAAAUCCGUUCUCAUGCAAAUAAAGCAAAUACAGGAGGAGAUACAGCGCCGAGAGCGUCGGAGACGUGUGGAGGACGCCGUGAUUGAGAAGCUUUCUAUCCAACAGAAAAAUAUAGCGGGUCGAAUAGCGCGGUUGCAGCGUCUCACCGAGAAGCGCGCUCACUCCGUGCGACAGUUUAACUAUGAAGUGAACCGCCUUGGUGAAAUUGCUGUGCAGGGAGAAGAAGAGGUGUUGCGCCAACGCCGCCGUUGCCACGCCGUUCAGAAGGAACGUGAUACGCUUGAGUAUCAGGUGGUACAGCGUGAUUCGGAGCUGCUGGAUCUCUACAAGAAAUUGCAGGUACAAAGAACUGUACUGGACAGGGGUAGUGAAAUUUAUCAGGGGCGCCUUCAGACAAUUCAACACCUUCAGCAGCAGAUUGGUCAGGUCAGUGGUGAACUUGCCCGGCUUCGAAAGUUUGCUUCACGACUUCCCGAGUUGCGUGUGAAGGUGAACACCGCUGCGCGUGAUCUUCGGCGGGAGCAGUUGCGUGUUGAAGCACUGAUGCAGGAAUGCGUGCGUCCCAUGAAUAUUCAUCCCAACCACCAACUCUCAUGGUCCGAGCCCGAAGUCUAUGCGCUGACGGAGAAGGUUAACCACCUCCAGCGAGAGCUGGUGACGCGACACGCAGAGUUAGCAGAGAAGGAGGAUCUCAUUCGAUCCAGAGAACAGAGUUACCUAAAGUACAAAGCAGAGGUAGCUCGGCAGGUUGGACCGGAGAUGGCGGAGCAAAUAGCGGUGUAUCAAGGCAACCUUGCCAAAAAGACGGGGCAGAUGCGGGCCAUGAUGCAGAGUCUCAAGUACUUCCGCGAGCAAACGGAGAUGUACCAGGAACGAUACAAUGAGCUUCAUGCCACGUUAGACAGACUCGCUGAAGAGUACAUUGAGUCAAGGCAGAGGAGUGGAUAUAACACAACACAACUUUCCACAAGGGAUGGAGGCCGACGUAGUAACUGUGAGGAUGCAGAUGCUACAAGUGCUGAAGAUGUGUACAAGGGUUUUGUGGCACCACCCCGUUCAACUCCUAGUGAAGAAGCACCGAGGCGGUUAACUGGUAGCGCAUCCACAACGGAGGGUGUAGGGACUGACGCAUUGCAACCACAACAUUCAUCACCGGCGCUACCAGAAGCUGAGAUACAGAAGGUGGUGGUGGAAGAAGUGGUGGAGGAGUUUGGGGGUGCAGAUGUUGCAAGUGCUGAAGAUGUGUACAAGGGUUUUGUGGCAUCUCCCCACUCAACUCCUAGUGAAGAAGCACCGAGGCAGUUAACUGGUAGCGCAUCCACAACGGAGGGUGUAGGGACUGACGCAUUGCAACCACAACAUUCAUCACCGGCGCCACCAGAAGCUGAGGAUGGUGAAGCUGAAAUACAGAAGGCAGUGGUGGAAGAGGUGGUGGAAGAGUUUGGGGAUGAGGAAGAUCAGACACCGGGAGAGGAGGGUAAGUGA